UUGCAUGGUGCAACAGAUGCAGGUGAUUUGAUAGUAAACAGUACACAAGAAGAAAAAUUUAAUGAUGCAAUUAAACUGUAUUUGGAGUCUACUCAACCUCAGCCUCCAACUAUAGAAGUAGAUCAGUCUACAGAUGUAGAAGAAGGUCAGCCUAUAACUGUAGAAGAAGAUCAGCCUAUAACUGAAGAAGAAGGUCAGUCUACAGCUGUAGAAGAAGGACUUGCUCCUAUAACAACUGACGAAACUAGUAAUCAAACUCAGCAACCUAAUAAUCAAACUCAGCAACCUAAUAAUCAAGCUCAGCAACAAGAACCACGGCCUCAGCCAAUAAAUGAAAGCGAUAACAUUCUUGUUGAAUUUGACGAAAAUAUAUUUUCACUAUUUUCUAUUGAUAGUUCACCAGUAAGCUAA